AUGCCAACACCCAGUAAUCGUCGUAAUGCCAACCGUGCUCGGUGCCAGUUUGCUGGUUGUGACAAGUUUGCCCAGACUCGAGGUCUGUGCAAAGCUCACGGUGGUGGUUCUCGCUGUCGCGAUCCACAAUGCAACAAACUCGCGCAAAGUCGUGGUCUGUGCAUUGCUCACGGUGGAGGCCGUCGUUGUCAAUUCGACGGCUGUAAGAAGUUAGCCCAGUCUAAGGGUUAUUGCAUAUCACACGGUGGCGGUCGCCGCUGCAUGGCUCCCAAUUGUGAAAAGUUCUCGCAGGUCAAAGGCCGCUGCAAGUCUCACUCGAAGCUUUUUGCAGCGAGUUCGUACUCUCCAUCUCAAUGCGUCAUUACUCCACCAAGUUUCGCCGUCGUAUCUCCUACUAGCACCAAGCUUUCAAUCAACUUUUUGCUUUCACGCAGCACCUCCACUGGCGACAAGAUUCAGCCUCAUGAGCAAAUGCAGACCCCACGUCUGCGCCCCAUUACGCGCCUUGCUAACCCGUUUACAUCCGCCAGUAUGGGCUGCAAUCCUCGAUACGACACGCAGGUUUUGGGCAACCAUCGCUCAUUGCUAUCGUUUCUCGAGCCUCAUGCUACAGUGCCAUCUCCACAACGUGAGUACGCUGCUUUCCCGGGUCACCACUACCAUAGGGCACCGAUAUUGCCAUCGCUUACCAUGUACCGCUAA